AUUGUCAUCACUCCGUACUCGCACUGAUGAUGCUGAAAAAGCAGUGUUUGUUAGCAAAUGUCCUACAUUCAAGAAGCUUUCGAAAUUCAAAACCCCCCAAGUGCAAGGAAAAUAUCUACCAUGACGGGAGACUCCAACCUUUAUUCCCAGCAACUCCUAGGCCACCAGGAAACGCGUCCAACCACCACCGCUGCCACUGCCAGAACAAAUUCCAAAAAGCUAUCUAUCAUCCCCCUAAUCUUCGUCAUUUACUUCGAGGUAUCCGGGGGAGCAUAUGGUGAGGAGGCAGCGGUUGGUGCUGCUGGGCCUCUUUGGGCCAUACUGGGUUUCCUCAUUUUCCCUUUCAUAUGGAGCAUUCCUGAGGCCUUGAUCACAGCUGAGCUUGCCACCGCCUUCCCUGGUAACGGUGGAUAUGUCAUCUGGGCUCACCAGGCUUUUGGGCCAUUCUGGGGUUCACUUAUGGGCUCCUGGAAAUUCCUCUGUGGGGUGAUGAACCUAGCUUCGUAUCCAGUUCUUUGCAUCGACUAUGUCAAGUUAGUCAUUCCACUUUUCUCUUCGGGGCUGCCUCGCUAUCUUGCAAUAGUGUCCUCAACUUUGGUUUUGUCUUUCUUGAACUACACAGGUUUGGUCAUAGUUGGUUACACUGCAGUAUGUUUAGGUGUUGUUUCACUUCUACCAUUCAUAUUACUGACUUUGAUUUCAAUUCCCAAGAUAGAUCCUGGUAGAUGGAUCAGUUUAGGUCAGAAAGGAGUAGAAAAAGAUUGGUCAUUGUUUUUCAAUACACUUUUUUGGAACCUGAACUUCUGGGACAAUGCCAGUACCUUAGCAGGUGAAGUAGAGCAACCCCAAAAGACAUUCCCCAAAGCGCUUUUCUCAGCUGGAUUGCUCACUUGUUUGGCUUACUUGCUACCUCUUUUAGCUGCUACUGGGGCUAUACCACUAGAGCAAGAGAAUUGGGUUGACGGGUAUUUUGCUGAUGCAGCUGAAAUCAUUGCAGGAAAAUGGUUAAAGAUCUUUCUUGAAAUUGGUGCAGUUUUAUCAAAUAUUGGACUCUAUGAAGCACAGUUGAGCAGUUGUGUGUACCAGCUCGUUGGAAUGGCUGAUUUAGGAAUUUUGCCACAAUGUUUCUCGGUAAGAUCAAAGUGGUUCAAUACACCUUGGCUGGGAAUUCUGGUCUCAACAUUGAUAACUGUUGGAGUUUCUUAUAUGAAUUUUGCAGACUUGAUUUCUUCAGCUAAUUUCUUAUAUAGUUUAGGGAUGUUACUGGAAAUUGCAGCAUUCCUUUGGCUGAGGAGAAAAUUGCCAACGAUCGAAAGGCCGUUCAAAGUGCCAAUGGAGUUAUCUGGUUUGAUUGUGAUGUGUUUGAUUCCUUCUGGGUUUUUGGUCUAUGUUAUGUCAGUGGCUACGGUACGAGUGUUUUUGGUGAGUUCUAUAGUAACUGUUUUUACCAUUGUAUGGUACUUUGUAAUGAAGUUACGCAAAUCCAAGAAGUGGACCGAGUUUAAUAACGUUGUUGGAGAAAAAUUGGAGGAUGAGGAUUUGGAGUAGGCUGAUUAUGAUUUGUGUUCCUAUUCUUUAAAAAUUAGUUUGAAAAAUAAUUGUGUAUUAGAAUUUAUUUAAA